AUGCAACAGCUGGAAUCGACCGUAUCGGUAAAAAUUUAUAUCGAAGACAUCAACGAUAAUGCACCAAUCUUCUCUCAAUCGAUUUAUUUCAUGAAUUUGUUGGAGAACAUCAAAAAAGGAACGCUGAUAGCUCUGCCGAUAGCCACCGAUCGCGAUUCUUCAGUCAAUGGAGUGAAAAAGUAUCGACUGGCGGCCGAGACUCCGCAUUUUUUCAAACUGCACGAAGAACUGGACAACGAAACAAACACCAUCAUUCCCUAUUUGAAGGUAGAAAAGCCAUUAAAUCUGCCGCUUGGGCCGUACAACUUGACGCUGGAGGCGCUGGACGGUGGCGAUCCGACUCUAAUCGGUUCGUCGGUACUUACGAUAAAUAUCGACGACGCUAAUGAUCACGCACCGCAAUUUAAAGAAGAAUUCAAAGAUUAUUACGUAAGAGAGGACCACAAUGUCACGGAGUCAUUCUAUAGGGCUGAAGCAUUUGACGAUGACAGUGGCGUGAACGCUCAGAUCACCUACUCCAUCAUUGAAGAUUCGCACUUGAGCAGGAUGGCCAAAGAAAUGUCACCGGGUUAUCAGUUAUCGACACUGAUCACACCGGAUUUUGAAUCGAUCCGAUCGUACCGAAUUCGAAUACAAUGCUCCGACAAUAACCGACCGUUUCUGACGUCAUCGGUCGAUAUCUAUGCCAGGAUCGUCGACGAGAAUGACAACGCGCCGGAGUUUAGCCAUCCCCAGUACAGUUUUGAAAUUGAUGAAAACACGCCUGAGAAUAGCACUAUAAAUAUGAUUUCUGCCAGCGACAGAGAUGAUGGCGAAAAUUCGAGACUCAAAUAUUCGAUAAUGGAGACAAAAUUAUCGUCGAGUCUGGUAUCAAUAGACGAGAAUACCGGUCGGUUGAGAACCGCAUCUGUAUUGGAUUACGAGAAGAUUAAAGAGAUUAAUUUCAAGGUCAGGGUCGUGGAUUGUGGCAUUCCGCCCCGAGAAGCAGAUGCCAGCGUCAGGAUAAAAAUAAACGACGUGAACGACGAGGCACCAACCUUCACAGCAAGCUCCUACCAUUUCGUUGUGCAAGAAAAUAAUCAAGCCGGAACUGAAGUGGGAAUAGUGACAGCGAUAGACGCCGAUUCCUACCCAAACAACAAUUUCCUGUACGAGUUAAUGGAUGAAGAGGAAGACAGAAGUAAGAAGCCAAUUUUCUUUAGCGUUAACGUUAGAAACGGUCAAAUACUAGCUACCGCAACUUUCGACAGAGAAUCGGUAUCCGAAUACCGAUUCAAAGUAAGAGCGAUCGAUUCCGGUAACGCCAUGCUAUCCGGUACAACAGAAGUCAUUGUUAAAAUCAGUGAUGCUAACGAUAACAAACCGAAAAUAAUUGAUAUAAAAAGACCGAGAUUCGGUCACGGUACUACCGACGAAUUGGUGAUCGACAAACAGCAUGAAAAUGUUGAUGAAGAGAACCUUUUGGAGACGAUUGAUGUCACAAGCACAACACUAUCAAAUCAAGUACCGGUCGGUUUUGAGAUCUGCACAUUCGUUGCUACCGACGCAGAUGAAGGUGAUAAUGAUGAUGAUGAUGUUGUUGUUGUCUUGAUGAUGAAGACGACGACGAUGAUGGUGAUGUUGGUAACGCUGAUGACGAUGACGACGAAGAUGAUGAUGAUUAUAAUUUAA